AGCGGAGUAAGUCCGAGGCAAACGCCGACACCGGCCGUCCGUCGCGUAACCCAAACCAGCUCACGCGACGCGUAGCUUAAAUCCACCCAUCGCCUCCGACAUGCUCGAAUGCCCGAUUUGUAGCAAGCCCGUCAAGGAAAACCGCAUCAACGAGCACAUCGACAGCGACUGCAAGGACCACCUCGUCGAGCAGAGCAGCAGCACUCCCAAUCCUGCAAAGGCCCACAGCUUCUUCGCGCCGGCAGCCCGCAAGUCCUCCAGCCAGAAGAAUGGGAACCUGCCCUCGUCGCCGCCACCAACACAGCUGGUAGAGCGCUCCAGGACGCCCCCCGCGGGCACAAAACGACCCCUCGAAGACACGGCACAUGACCACACCAAUGGCGAGCCACAAUCACCGCCAGCCCCCAAGCGCGCACGCAGGCUGAAGGCAGUCGAGGAUGCAAUGCCGCUGGCAGAGCGCAUGCGGCCCACCUCGCUGGACGACGUGUGCGGGCAAGAGCUGGUGGGGCCAGGGGGCAUGUUAAGGGGCAUGAUGGACGAGGGCAAGCUCCCCUCGAUGGUGCUCUGGGGGCGUCCCGGCACAGGCAAGACGACCAUCGCGCGCCUGAUCGCCAACACAUCGGGCGCGCGCUUCGUCGAGAUCAACAGCACGAGCACGAAGCUGGAGGAGGUGCGCAAGAUCUUCACCGAGGCAGCGCGGGACCUACAUCUCACGGGGCGCAAGACCAUCGUCUUCUGCGACGAGCUGCACCGCUUCUCCAAGACGCAGCAGGACGCCUUCCUGGGCCCCGUCGAGUCCGGCACAAUCACCCUCAUCGCAGCCACCACGGAAAACCCCUCGUUCAAAGUAAUCUCCGCCCUCCUCUCCCGCUGCCGCACCUUCACCCUCGACGACCUCAAAGAGCCCCACCUAAUCUCCAUCCUCUCGCGCGCCAUGGCCGCAGAAAACUUCUCCUCCCCCCUCCUCGACACCCCCAUGCUAGAAUACUUCGCCCGCUUCUCCGACGGCGACGCGCGCACCGCCCUCAACCUGCUCGACCUAGCAAUGACCCUCUCCAAACACCCCAACACAACGAAAUCCCAAAUCCAGCAAAGCCUCACAAAAACACUCGUCUACGACCGCGCGGGCGAUCAGCACUACGACUCCAUCUCCGCCCUGCACAAAUCUAUCCGCGGGUCCGACCCAGACGCCGCUCUGUACUAUCUCGCGCGCAUGCUCGAGUCCGGCGAAGACGCGCGCUACAUCGCGCGCCGCCUCAUCGUCGUUGCGUCCGAAGACGUCGGGCUGGCCGAUAACUCGAUGCUGGCCCUCGCCACCGCGACGUAUGCCGCGUGCGAGAAAAUCGGACUGCCCGAGUGUCGCAUUAAUCUGGCGCACGCUGUUGUUGCGCUGGCUCUGGCGCCGAAAUCUACUCGUGCGUAUAGGGGCUUGAAUAAUGCUAUGCUUGCGCUAAGGGAGCCUGGGGUGGCGGCUUUGCCGAUUCCGAUGCAUUUGCGUAAUGCGCCCACGCGGUUUAUGAAGGAUAGGGGGUAUGGGGAGGGGUAUAAGUAUAACCCUGAGUAUGUGGGGGGGAGGGUUAGGCAGGAGUAUUUGCCUGAGGGGAUUAGGGGGAGGGCGUUUUUGGAGGAUUUGGAUUUGGGGAGUAAAGUGGAUGCGGAUAUUGUUGAGGACGAUGAGCUGCGGCCGGAGAUGGAGGAGUGAUGUUUUGCGUUUGCAUGAGUUGUUGGAUGGGUGGUUGGGGCGGGGAAGGUUUGGCUUUGACUCGGGGUCGCUGACUGAAUGUGUAUAGUAAUGUAAAGCAAAGUACAGGUUGCAUUCCUGAAUCGACACCUCGUAGCUUUCCUUUACCCCUCCCCCUUACCCACCAAGCAUCAAGCACCAAGCACCAAGCACCGAAAACAACAUAGUGCUUACUCACUCUCCGCCCCGUCACAUGUUAAAGCAAAGCACAUCACAUGUCAAAGCACACCACCCCAUCACCCCUAAACAACACCAGUCUUGUCUAAAACUCUCGGGCUUUU